UACAUAAGCUUACAAAAGAAGCAGUCGAACGUUAUCGUAUAAAUGAGAAUUAUAAACCAGAUCUUAUGAUUGCUAUAGGUGGUGGAGGAUUCAUACCCGCUCGAAUUCUGCGUACCUUCCUAAAACGUCAGAAUAAUAAGAAUAUCCCGAUCCAAGCAAUAGGCCUUUCGCUUUACGAAGAUCUUAACACAUCUGAUCCAUCAUCUGAUCCUGAUAUAAUUGGUACUCAAGUAAUAAAAACUCAAUGGCUUCAUUUCGGACCCUCCUACGCCAACACUUGUCCAUUACUCGGUAAAAACAUCCUCAUUGUAGACGAAGUGGAUGAUACUCGCACAACUCUUGCAUAUGCAGUUCAAGAACUUAUCAAAGACAUUGAAGAGGAAAAACGUAAAUUUAUAGAAACAAAUUCAGCGGGAACACCCGUUCCGGAAACGAAAUUGGCAGUAUUUGUGCUUCAUAAUAAGAAGAAGGAGAAACGAAUGGAACUACCUGAUCCUAGUAUAGUUAAGGAAGGCAGGUACUUUGCCGCAGAAGAAUCACCUGAUAAAUGGUUAGUUUAUCCUUGGGAAGCAAUUGAUAUUGACGAACAUACGACAAAAAGUUCAUUGCAAGAGAAUGAGUGA